CGCGACGCUAGGAGGCGCAGUGCAUGCUGGGAUUGAGGCGGCCGCCGGUGAGUGAAGCCACAAAAAGAAGGCCUGACGGUUCGGACUCGGAAAGCGGCCUGAGGAUGCCUCCGGACCUGGCGGUGGAGCGGGUGGUGGUCCACCCCUUGGUGCUGCUCAGCGUCGUCGACCACUUCAACCGGAUUGGGAAAGUCGGGAACCAGAAGCGUGUAGUGGGUGUCCUCCUAGGCUCCUGGCAGAAGAAGAUCUUGGAUGUCUCCAACAGCUUUGCAGUUCCCUUUGACGAAGAUGACAAAGACGACUCUGUGUGGUUCCUGGACCAUGAUUACCUGGAGAACAUGUACGGGAUGUUCAAGAAGGUCAAUGCCAGAGAGCGGAUUGUGGGCUGGUAUCACACAGGUCCAAAGCUGCACAAGAACGACAUUGCCAUCAACGAGCUCAUGAAGCGCUACUGCUCCAAUUCGGUCCUGGUGAUUAUCGACGUGAAACCUAAAGACCUGGGUCUCCCCACAGAGGCAUACAUCUCGGUGGAAGAAGUCCAUGACGAUGGCACACCAACGUCCAAGACCUUUGAGCACGUGACCAGCGAAAUUGGGGCCGAGGAAGCAGAGGAAGUCGGUGUGGAGCAUUUGCUACGUGACAUCAAGGAUACGACGGUGGGCACGCUCUCGCAGCGCAUCACCAACCAGGUCCACGGCCUGAAGGGGCUAAACUCCAAGCUGCUGGAUAUCCGGGGCUACCUGGAGCGGGUGGCCCUGGGCAAGCUGCCCAUCAACCACCAGAUUAUCUACCAGCUGCAGGACGUCUUUAACCUACUGCCGGACGUCAACCUACAGGAAUUUGUCAAGGCCUUCUACCUGAAGACCAACGACCAGAUGGUGGUGGUCUACCUGGCCUCCCUCAUCCGCUCCGUGGUCGCCCUCCACAACCUCAUCAACAACAAGAUCGCCAACCGGGACGCUGAGAAGAAGGAGGGCCAGGAGAAGGAGGAGAGCAAGAAGGAGCGCAAGGACGAGAAGGACAAAGACAAGGAAAAAGAUAAGGACAAGGAGAAAGAGAAAGAGAAGGAGAAGGGCAGCAGCGAGAGCAAGAAGGAAGAGGGCAAGAAAGAGAAGAAGUAGCGGCGGCGCAGGGGCUGGUGUUUGUAUAAAUUAAAAGGUAUGAUAAUUGAA